UUUUUUUUUUCUAACCAGAUCAUCCUUAUCGCUGCCUCCGUGACCAAUGGUGGCGAGGCUCAACUAUCAUCUUACCUCUGCUCCGUUGCAACGUUUGCUUGCACAGAACUGAUAACUUCAGUGAUUCAAAUUCGAUACUAGCGACGAUAAAAUGUAAAUAAAUCUAUGAAAAUAUGUUUAUUCAUUACAUUAAUGAAAAAUAGCAUUUCGUUGUCGAAUACCAAUCAGACCGAUGGAGUCGUUGCGAUGGUGAGGCCGGUGCAUUCGAAACGCAAACUCUUCAACAAUGCUAAGGAACACAAGGAAAAUACGACACCUGACGAGCAUCUAGAAGAACUACCGCGCCUUGAUGAGACCCAACAAGGAGAGAGCAACAAGUCCCUGCACUGUCAGCUGAGUCAGCAAUUCUGCCCUCAAGAUAACAAGACUCACCUCAACCGACCUCUGCCCGUCAUCUCCACAUCCAGUGAAACUUCCAGCAAAACUUCAAACAAAACAUCUAAACAAAACUUUGCAGGGAAGAGCACGAGGCCGUGGGUGGAGGAUGAGGAGGCGAGCUGCGCUGCUGUAGGCGGGACUCCAGCGCGGCCGCGGCACGCCAUGCCAAUGUCUGAGCGACAGCAAAUUGCUCUGCUCUUGCAAAUGUCGUCUCCUUCCAGUACUAAGUUCAUACCGGAAAGUUCGAGCCCCUCGCCGCGCUGCUACAGCCCGUAUUGCGACCCUAGUGACCCCGGGACCCCUCAGUCUAGCGGCAUGUUGGCUGGAGGAGUUGCGACCCCAAGUGGAGGAGGCAGGGGGGCUGCGACCCCCAGUGCAGGGGGUGGAAGGGGGACUGCGACCCCCAGUGCAGGGGGUGGCAGGGCUGCAGGUGUAGGCAAGAGGAACGAGCGCGGAGAGACGCCCUUACACGUGGCCGCCAUCAGGGGUGACGUGGAGCGCGUGCAGCAGCUGAUCGCCAGAGGCUCCGACGUCAACGCUGUCGACUAUGCCGGUAAGUUCUGGUCCACACCACGCAUCUCUCCUAAUGAAGUUCAUUAAAUUCUCAGAUUGAAUUAACUCGUAA